AUGGAUCCACAACAAUUUGCUCAAUUCACGAGUUUUCAAAAAACAAUGCUCGAAAAAUUAGUGACACAAAGUCAGACACCACAAGUGAGUAUAGCGGCUCAAGGGAAUGCAUUCAAUACGGCAUUACUACCCAAUUUCGAAUGUUUCGAUGCGAAGAAAGAGUCAUUCCGGAAUUAUAAACAACGGUUUGAAAAUUAUCUCGAAAUGAAAAACAUUAUUAACAACAAGGAAUAUUGCACAAAAUUAUUACUUAACUCAAUCGGCGCAAAGAAUUUUAACAUGAUUGCAGCUCUCGCGGCACCAAAGACACCCAGCGAGUUAACAGAUGAGGAAUUAAUGAGUCUAUUAGAGAAGCAUUUAGCGCCCAAAAGGAACAUCCUGGUGGCUCAACAUCAAUUUCUCUCCAAAUAUCAAUCAUCCAAAGCUAUCGCACUCGAAACUUCAAAAAUCGACUCAAAAGAAUUAGCACAGAAAGCGUCAACUUCAACGCCAUCCACGGAUAUUAACAAAGUUACGAGGCAUUCAAGGAAGAACGAUUAUCAACAGAGAAAUCGUAAUCGAUCCCAGCAACGUUCAUCGAAAAACCCAACAAAAGCUAAAGGACAGUCAAAAUCGAAAAUCGAUUACGUGGAAUUAGGCAUUGAAGGACUAUGUCUCAGAUGCGGAAGAGAUAAUCAUUUAACAAAAGACUGCAGAACAGACAGAUCUAAUCUCAAAUGCUCCGGUUGUGAUAAAAGUGGUCACAUAAUAAAGCGUAUAGUCGAUAUUUACCAGAAUCACCAGCCCUCAACAAAAGAGAUUAAGCGUUAUUACACGCAUGUCAACAUAGAAGGAAAAACUGUCGAAUUUGAAAUCGACUCUGGCUCAGGAUAUACUUUCCUACCAAGAAAUGUAUUCACCAAGUUGAAUCUGAAGACGCCUUUACUCCCAACGUCGAUAGGGUUUCGAUCAUAUACACAGAAUGUAUUUACUCCCGAUGGAAAAAUUAGAGUGAAUGUCAACUACAAAGGGAAAUCGAUACAAGAGGAAAUCUACAUCGUACCGGAAGGAUACACAGCUUUAUUGGGCCGAAUCUGGAUUCGACGACUAAAAAUUGACUUGAAUGAGAUCGAUCGACAACACUCAACUACUUCAUCGAUACUCGCAAUCAAUACCAAUGAAAUUGAGGAGAUUACGACUAAAUACCCAGAUGUCUUCGAAGAAAAAAUUGGCUGUGUCCCUAAAUUCAAAGUAUCAUUAAAAUUGCGAAGUAAUACAACACCAGUUUUCAACCGAGAACGUGAAAUUCCAUACGCACUACAGAGCCGAGUUGAAAAUGAACUAAACACACUCGAAUCUACAGGAAUUAUCACGAAGACAGAAACAAGCGACUGGGGAUCACCAUUGGUAGUCAUUCCCAAAGCCGAUGGAGGUGUACGCUUAUGUGUCGACUAUAAAAUAGGAGUGAAUGAUCGUCUUAUAAAUGCACACUACCCAAUCCGGAAGAUAGACGAUAUUCUCAACAGUUUACGUAGUUCUCGCUACUUUUGCUGGCUGGAUCUAUUCAAGGCGUAUUUACACAUCCCAGUCGACGAUCAAUCCAGCGAAAUCCAAACUAUUUCGACACAUCGAGGCACUUAUC